ACCAUGUGCUUUCAUUUGGCGGCACAAUGAGUCAGGUUUAUUUACCCAUGUUUAUAAGUGUGGUUCGUGAUGACAAAUGCAGGUUAUUGACAGCACUGACAUCAUCGAUAAAUUGGAAAAGAUUGAUUUAGCUACAAUUCUGUUCACGGAUGUUUGUACAUUGUCACUCUGUUUUCUGUUCCUGAAACACUUUCAUUUCUAAUUUCUUUGACCAACACUGAUGUCUAGCUUAGUAUAUAUACAGAUUAGAUUUCUGCUUUAUCAGAGCAUGUGAUGUUUUGAUCAGUGGACACUAGUGAUAAAUGUAUUAUCCAUUGGAUGGGAUACACCUGCUGUAGGGGUCAGUAUCAGAAUCAACUGUUAUCACCGGCACAUGUCUUAGGUAACAACUGUGAUGCAGCAUACCUGUGGCUUCACGCUAGCGGUUGACCAUAACAACAGAAUAUAAUCACUGAAUGCCUUGUGAACCUGUGCUACUUAUGGUCAUUUUACAACAGUGUCUUCGUUGCUGUGAAGCUGCUGUAAUCAUUGUACAUAAGUACCUGUGUAAAGCAGACUUGUGAAUGGGAACACUUUUAUGUUAAAUUUUCAAAACAUACAGGACUGGUUAUUACUUUACCAGAGUUUUUCAACACAUGUUGAAAAUUGGAGCUACAUUCAAAAUGACGACAGGUAUGCUGUUCGUCAUUAAUCUAUGGAAGGGCAGAAGAAAGGACAAAGACUCUCCGACACCUCCAGCACAGGAAGAGCCGAGACAGUACCUCGAGGAUAGUUGUGUGCGGGAGCGAGUAACCGAGGCAGAUUUCUACAAACUUGUCAGCUUGCCUUCCUGUCUAGAUUAUAAUGAAUGGCUAGCAACACAUACUUUAUCAUUUUUCAAUCAUAUAACAUUGAUCUACGGUGUAAUAUCUGAAUACUGUACAUCUGACGGAUGCUCAUCCAUGUCUGCGCCAGGCAAUGUGCAAUUUUUAUGGUAUGAUGAAAAAGGCAAGAAAUACAAGUACUCUGCUCCCCAGUAUGUAGAUUUCAUCACAACCUGUAUGCAGAAGGAAAUAUCUGACGAAAGUGUCUUUCCUACAAAAUAUGGACAUCCAUUUCCAAACACUUUUGAAACAUCUGUGAAGAAGUUCCACAAGUAUCUGUUCCAUAUAGUUGCGCAUAUAUACCACGCCCAUUAUAGUGAUGUUGUCACGCUGGGCUUACACGGACAUCUAAACAGUCUCUUCACACACUUCACCGUGUUUAACAUCAAGUUCGACCUGAUGGAGGACAAGGAGACCGAUAUAUUGCAGGACCUAAUGAAGGCCUUGAUAAAACAGCUUCCCGAUCCUAAUCAAAAUGAAGGCACAGACAGUAAUGAAAUCUCCCGAACAUAGCAGGCCACAAGAAAUAGUUUAUUGUAUGUGUAUAGUUUAUAUAUAAUUUACUCAUAUCCUGAAGGAUCUCAACAAUGUUAUGUUGUACUGUGAGAGAGUUAAUGAAGGUCUUAUACUGAUCGAUGUUCAACUAUAGGUGCAUAUAGAUAUGUUUCAGAUAUCGUUACAACUUGACCUCUCUACCCUAAGUGUGUGUAUAUGAUAUAAUUGUUGCGUACUGUGAUUGGGGUUACCCAGGCUACAGUGACAAGGGAUUAUCCAAAAAACUCUGUCAAAGGCAUGUCUCGUUGAAGGGAGACAACUGAGAGAAAAAAGCUAAAACUGUUGCUGUAAAAUUAAGCAGAGACAAAGUGCUAUAUGAAACAGAUCUGUGCUGCUAUUAACUGACCGGUCAUUGCGCCCUAAUUUACCAUUUACUGACGUGCUUUCAUUUGUACAUACGGACAGAGUGAAUGAUGCUGUGUGGACAUCAAACUACAAAGAACUGACAGUUGUAUUUAUUCUAUGGUAAAUAUUCAACUUCAUGGCGAAGUUCUCUUUCUUCGUUAAAUGGCAUGUUAUAAUAUAUAUAUCAAUGUAUAUGGAUAGAUUACAUUUGUCAAAAUUGUUACGAGUAACACCCAAACACUUGUUGGUUGUUCCUGCUUGUGUAUGAAUACACGUGUAAAACUCUGGUAUGACUUGAUUGUGUGGCAGUAUAGAUUCACACAGGGAAGGAUGAUUAGUGAUGCUUAGUAUUGUAGGUCUUAGAAUGUGUGUUGAGUUUGGUGGGAAUUAACACCAGGCUUAUAUGAUGGAGGUGAUUUGUGAGCAAAGAAAAUACCCGUGAGAUUGGAAGUGUUAGCUGUUGUGUCAAAUCUAGUGUAGUGUUCAGAGGCGUAGGACGAUAGGAAAUUGUGACGAAACACCUUUAAGGUGUAAAGUUGGUGAUAUUUCUACCUACAACAAAACGUAGAGGUAGUGGUAUUAGUGUAAAGAUGUCAGCCCUUGGUAAAUACCUCAGAGUUUUUCCAUAUUGACAUCCUGUAUUAGCAUUGACUGAAGUCAUUGUCCCAUGAUUACCAAAGUUAGCUACUCAAAGAGUAGCUUGUAAAAUCAAAGAGCAUAAUUGUAAGUUCAGAAAAUAUCAGUUCUUUAUACAGACUUUUCGAUUGUAACUGAAAACAGAUAGACUUAGGUUACAAAAGUGGUGAAAUAAUAAAUAAAUUUUGAGUUUAAGAUUGUAGGAUGUUUUGUGUAGGAAAACAUUUGACAAGAAGACAUUAAUUUGGUGCAUUUUUUGUUUGUUUUUGUUUUUGUAAAAUCGAACUACAAACCAGUCUGUAUGUACAAUACAUUACAACACAUCUGAACUAGAUGAAGCACGCUUUAUAUGAACACCUGUUUAUUGCUUACCUGUGACAAGAUAGUACUUUUUUCAUAGGUUGAACAUUUCGAAAAGUAUUAAAUUUCGAAAAGCAUUGCAAAUUAAACCCGGGUAUUUUUAUUUAAAACAGUGCCCGUGUUUGCUGAUAGAUGUAUAACAAAUUUCAAAUUUAACGCUUAAUUGUCUCCCUCACAGAUGGUUUCUCAUACCCUAGACAAAGAAGUCCAACAAAACCCAGUCUAGAUUUUUCUGUGUUGUUAAAUCUGAUAUCACAAUCACCUGAAAGUUAUUUGUAAUUGUGAUGUUAUGCCAUAUUUUGAUAAUAUUAAAUCAAACAAAAAGCUCGAAAAUAGAGCAACAAAAUGCUAUUUGUUUCAUUGAUACAAGUAAAAGGAUCACAUACCUGUUUAUAAUCAGUGCUGGUUGAUGUAUGUCUUUAUCACAUCUUAACUGAGAUCAAUUCCAUAUCAUACCUCAGGUGAAAUAAAUUGAUGUUGAUCAUUGAUCCUGAUAGAUAAUAUUAGUAACACUGAGUGUAUGUUGAACCAUCUACCACAUCUACACUGCAGCAUGAACAUUACACAAACAGUGCCAUAUUCACUAAGGAUACACAUUUUACAAUACUCUGUUAUUGAUAACUUAGAUUUUAUUUUAUGAUAUUUUUUUUAAAAAUAUUUUUGAACAUAUUUCAAUAUGUCGAUUUGCUUGUUUUGGUAAAAGUCAGUCUUUUAAUUAUAUAAUUCUCUCUCAAUUUUUUUCAUGUGAAAAAGACAAAUAAUUUUUUGUUUCUUUAUGUAUUUUUUUUUUUUUUGUCAAAUCAUCCUUUCUUUCUCAACAUUAUUGUGCAAGAGGAGAAAGACGAUAUCUUAUAUAUAAAUAUGUUUCUGGACACAAAUGAUUCAGUCAUGUCUGAGUUUGUUUUAUUUUGUGUGUAGCUUUCUAUGUUGUUUUAUUUGUCAUUUUUCAGCAAAGCAAUUGUAUUUGAUUCUGUUAUAACUCUACUUUCUGGAUAUUAUCAGUAUUCUGUUUUGUUCAAAAGACUUAAUUAUCAUUCAGUCCAAAUGUUUUUCUUUUUUAAAUCUGUCAAUCCAAAAUACUUGACAACAUACGUAGGUGAAAUGUAUAAAAAAAACAUCCUUAAAUUGAGAUUAUUGUUUGUGUAUAAAUCACCACUACUCAGAGAUCAUGAGUAAAAGUCUGUGGGAAGUUUCAGGGAAAGUAAGCCAGUGAAUAUGAUAGGGGAAGGAUAAGGGUAGUUAGUGCCUGAAGUCCUCUGUGGAAAGAGUAAGGGGAACUAAGAAGGGAACCUCAUGUGGAUAGGAUAAGGGGAGGUAAUCCAGGAGUCUCUUGUAGGUAGGAUAAGGGGGGGUAAGUCAGGAGUCCUGUGGGUAUAAUGGGAAAGUAAGUCAGGAGUGCUCUGUAGGUAGGAUAAGGGGAGAUAAGCCAGGAGUCUCCCGUUCCAAAUUAGUCGAUCCUGACUGUUAGGUGCUUCAGGUAAACAUCAAAAUAUAAUGCAAUAUUCCAUGUAUGAUGUGAAGUGUUGUGCUCCUGGUAGGAAGUUGUUGCUGUAGCCUACACACAUUGUAACUACUAAUAUUUCUGUGAUGUCAUCUAGUCAUAAUGCAGCAGCACGCGUUAGAAGUACAUUAUAUGUGUGUGCUUGCUGUGGUGCAUAAGUACACUGUACACAUAAAGUAACAGUAUAACUUAGUAGAUAAAUCAUAAUCACUUAUUAUUUACAACCACAACAAAAUCAUUUAAAUACCAGGUACUUGAGAUCUAAAUAACGUGUAGGUAGGGAGACUAUGGACAUAUGUUUUUGUAUACAAUGUAUAUUAUUGUUCAUUUACAGUAGAGUUAUGUACCUACAUGUUCCAUUAAUAAAUAUGUUCAUAUUUGAUGAUCACAUCUAGUAUAUCAUAAAAGUUGUUCUCAAAUACAUCAUUAUAUUAUACAUUGAAGAUACGUAGAAAUCACACUGGAUAAUUCACAUCAAGGAACCCUACAAAUUGGUGUAAACUAAACAGGGAUAUAAGCAAACUAGCAUCUCCUUGUUAGUACUAGUAUCUACAUAAAACCAUGGCGAUUAGUACAUUGUACCAUAAACUGCAGUAAUAGACAAUAGUGUCAUGAACUACAGUGAUAGCUGAUGAUAACUACCAUGAAUUAGUAGCUGUUGAUCGUACCAUAAACUCCAGUAACAAUUGAUGUUUCCAUAGCUAGAGUAAAAUUUGACAGUACCAUGAACUACAGUGAAAGUUGAUGUUACCAUAGACAAGAUUGAUAGUUGAUAGAACCAUGAACUACAAGUACCAGAGUACUUUUGAUGAAUUAACUCAUUCACCCCUGAAAUUUCAUGAUGAACUAUUCCAACCUUUGAAUUGGAAGAGCACAAUGUGUCUUCAGGGGUGAAUGAGCUAAAACUUGUUAGCCCAGUCAAAGUUGAUGUUUGCAUGACUGUUACAGCUAAAUGAAAACUUGAUUCAGCGAUUCUUGUAAAUUCGUUUAUGAUCAGCAUGGGAAAUUUUGUCUGCUUAUGUUCAAAUACGUGAGGUGUAGAAAAAGUUAUAGUUCUACGUGUCCUGUCUACAACUGUGUUCAUCGACAGGUCUGAUACAACACCCUUGUACCUCAAUAGGUCAGUGAAAGUUUUGAGAUAUAAGUUAUAGGACAUGCUUUAGGAUAUUUAGGACAUGAUAUAGGAUAUUCAGCAAUAAUCUAUUUGAAAUCCAAGAACAUUUAUUUGCUCAUUUUAAUGCAUUCAAAAUCCUGUGGCAUUUACCUAAUUCAAAGUCCAUUGAUGGUUAAUUAUGAUCAGGGGGGUCUGCUUUCAUAUAGUUGGAUGUUGGAAGUGAUGGCAAUUUUUAAUGCUCAAAAGAAACAGAAUUAGGCCACUGUCACCGACAUCAAGGAAAACUGUUAGACAAUAGAUUAUCUGGUAUAGACAUUUUCACACAACAGGGCAAAAAUUACUGCACUAAUUACAAAAUAGAAUUUAAUGGUUAAAGAAUAUAAUUGUUUCAGUAAGGACUUUCAUGGUACCAUUAGGACGUUCCUGAUGUUCCUAAUGAUCAUCAUGAUCACAGAGAUUUAUUUAACAACGGGCAGUCAAAACAGGCAUACAUUGCAGUGAUGGAGUGGUACAGAAUAUCUGGGUUGACCUUUUUGAGAAGUUCAAGUUCAUGAAUAUGUGUUUCCAAAUCAAAUUACUGUAGUAGAAGAGUAAAAUGAAUGUUAGAGAUUUUCUUCACACAUAUGUGAUGUUAUUUUAUACAUGUUGGGACAGUUUUUGUUGCAUGAUGUAAUUUUUGCCAAAGUAGAAUUGUUUUCAUUAUUAUAAGAUUAUUAUUAUUGUAAUUGUUUUCCAGAGAAGUAUUCUGUGUGUUGUACUGUUGAAGUACCGAGAAACCCCCCACAAAACACAAAUCUAGGCAAUCAGCCUCACUGUUGCUGGUACAACCUGUGACCUUGUCACAAUGCAAUAAAGUUUAUAGAUUGAA